AUGGGCGGCUCCGCGGCCUCGAAGAAGGGUACCGUGGCCAAGAAGCGCCUCGACAAGUUCUACUACCUCGCCAAGGAGCGCGGCUACCGCUCGCGCGCCGCCUUCAAGCUGCUACAGCUCGACAAGAAGUAUGAGUUUCUCGGGACCGCGACCGGCGUCGUGGAUCUGUGCGCGGCGCCCGGCUCGUGGAUGCAAGUGGCGCGGCAGUUCAUGCCGAAGGAUGCGCUGUGCAUCGGCAUCGACCGCGCGCCCAUCAAGCCCAUCCCAAAGUGCGUGGUGCUCCAGGAGGACAUCACGACGCAAAAGUGCCGCGCCGCGGUGAAGCGGGAGCUUAAGGCGCACGGCGGGUCGGGCGCGGCGAUCAACGUGGUGCUGCACGACGGCGCGCCGAACGUGGGCACCUCGUGGCUUCAAGAUGCCUUUGGCCAGAACGAGCUCACUCUGCUCGCCCUCAAACUGGCAGUCGACGUGCUCGCGCCUGGCGGCACCUUUGUGACCAAGAUGUUCCGGUCGGCCGACUACCAGUCGCUGAUGUGGGUCUUCGGCCAGCUCUUCGGCAAGGUCGAGGCGACAAAGCCGCAGGCAUCGCGAAACGAGUCGGCCGAGGAGGAGCUCGAGCUCUUCUCGCUCGCGCGCGUGCGCGGCGACGGCUCGAUCGCCGCGCUGACGGAGGGCGCGGCGCCGGACGAGGCGGACGGGCCAAAGUCGAAGAAGCAGCAGCGCGAGGCGAGGCUCGACGCGAUCCGGAACGCCGACGAGCCCGCGGCAGGUUGCUGCGCGCGAGGCUAA